AUGGCUGCCACGAACCCGGAGCUGCGUGCUCUCCUCUCAAGCAGCUUCCCUGGCCUCUCCUCUACCUUGGAACAGACAUUCAGUGAGGCCCAGGGCAAUGGAACGGAUCUCUCACAAACACUACAGGCGCAAGCCAGGAUCGAACCAGAGCGGUCGCGUGCGGACCAGCUGCUUUUCAUCAGCCAGCUACUGUCCAGCACGAGCCAGCACCUAGGCCUCCUAUCCCAUCUGCUUGGUAACGCGGAGGUGGUUUGUCUACGCGAUGUGGCGCUUCGAUCAUGCUCUUUUGAAACUACGGACUAUCCUGCGGAUGUCCUGCAGACCCUGCGUACCCGAAUGUUGGGACUGGAGCCCACGGCGACCGUGUACGCCUUACUGGACCUCGACACAUUCCCAGGAGAAACCGCCGUCCGGGCCGGAGCUGCAAAGACGCUCAAACAGUGGCUCGAUGCUGGGUUUGAUAUCUCCCGGGACUCCGUACGUCGUCACCUCAAGGAUCCGCAGUUCCUUGAGCUGGUCCCGCAACCGGACCAAGCCCGUGUGUCGGGCCUUAUCGCAGUGUUGCAGUGCCUGCAGGCAAUCGUCACCGAUCCCCUGGACAUUCCCCGGCUCAUCCAGCGCUCCUUCUACUCGGCGGUGGCCAUAUCUCGCACCUCUCUCUCGUGGUUUGUCUCGGUGGUAGCAGAUGCCGGCAUCAUCGCCGAGUCCGCCGAGCGCAUCUACCACCAGGCAUGCCGCAUCCAUCGGCGAAAUGAACAGCUGUGGGUGACAGCGCUGCGAGCCAAGUCUGAGGUCCAGCUGGCCCCGACCACUCCUGCACAGGAUCUGUGGCUGGCGCAACUCUCAGGGGCGGCCUCCAGCCCGACAGACGGCAAGAUCAACAUCGGGAACCUAUUCCCCAGCGUGAUGCAGAUCAACGACUGCGCUGAUUGCUCAUCCAUCACCAGCCCGGCGGCCUACUUUGUGAGCAUGCUGCACCAGCUGACCAAGUGGCCUGUGGGCCGAGGGGCGCGGGACAAGUCGCUGCUGGACUUCCUGUUCGACCGUCGGCCGGAUCUGGGCGAGUUGGAGCUGUCGUGCGCCAACACUAACGUUCUUCUACCUUAUGUCGACCUGGUCCUCGAGGCCCUAGAGUGGGUUGUCAAGCAUCCAGUCGUCCACAAGACGGACCCGCUCAAGGUGGACGAGCCAUAUAAUAUGGACGAUUCCGACAACAGCGACGAUGACAACGCGGAGCCUCGCCACGUUGACUACUCGGUCUACCAAGAUACCAUCCAACCCAUGGUGUUCCCCCUGACGCAGUUUCCCUACAACCAGGCAAUCGACAGCAUCCGGAGCUUCCUGCGCGCCCUCGGUACCACUCGUGAUGGUCUGGCGACGGCUCUUCGAUCUGAACAGCGGCUGGCCUCGCUGGCCUCGCUGCCCAAGAACUCUCAGUCAGCGCUCAAAGCAGCUGCCGUACUGGACAGAUUCAAUGCUGCCGAGACCUUGGGACUCCAGCAGGAGGACUACGUGAUCAUCACCAAAGAAGCUAUCCAGACACAGGACUUCCUAAACAGCUCAUCAACGGCCGAGUAUCACCGCCAGAUCGGCCUGAAGUCUGCAGCCGCCUACUGGGGGUACCAGUCGACGAGUGAGAUGCUCGCGACCGGUGACACAUCCACGGGCCUGACUUUCAUCAAAGCCCAGUUCCUCCCGCGCGCAGGUGUCACUUUCAGCCAGUUCCUGGCCCUCCUCGAGACCACCUAUCUCGGAGGCCAUCUAGUCAUCGAGAUGCCGAGCGGGGAGGAAGCCUUCUCAGGCAAGUUGGACGAUAUGCGGCUGCGUUACGUCCAGUCUCCUGGGGCUCAUCCGGCGGGGCCAUUGACCGAAGACAUCUGUGAUCGGCUGCAGGCCUUCCUGCGCCUGUGGAAGAAGCUGCAGUGGACCAUCGAGGAUACCGACGUUGCGAUUACCGUUCUGUCCGGCAGCAGUAACACCAUCACCCCAGACGUCGUCAGCGGACUAGCCGGCGUUCAGCAGCUGUCCGUCACAACCGGCCUCACGGUUGCAGAGCUGCUCCCGCUCUGGGGAGACAUCCCGACGAAAGGACCCUCCUCGACGUACAUGCGCCGCUUCAUGAACCCCAGACUCGCGCCACAUAACGCGGUAUUCCGGGUCGGGGCCGAUGGGAAUCUCACCAUGGCCGGCCAGGAGCUGUCCCGCGGUGCGGUGAUCUUGCAGUCAGCCCUCGGUCUCACAGCGUCUGGGUUUGCCGCCGUCGAGGCCCAGGUCCCUAGCACGCUUUCGCUUGACAGCGUCUCGCAGGUCUACCGGAUCUCCGUACUCUGCCGGCUACUGGAGAUCGACGCAGAGCAGUACAACACGUUCCUCGUCCUCUACCCUGGGAUUGACCCCUUUAAAACCCCGCAGGUGACGAUCGAGUCUGUCCGGAGGUUCAAGGCUCUGACUUCUCUUGGUUGGACCCUGGACAGCCUGGCCUUUAUUACGCAGGAUCCGCUGCGCAUGGGGAUCACGGAUGUCAUGGGCGUCACCGUUGAGGAGGUGGUGUCCACCGUGGUUGAGAUCAUCGCCAGCAACACGGGCCCAGGACUCGGCAGCGAUGAGGACUGGAAGGCCAAGCAGGCGCCCAAGAUGAAGCUCUUGAGCAUCUGUCAGAUUCUGCAACCUUUGUUCCCCGAUCUCAAUGCUGAGAUCCUACAGUUCAUGCUCUCUGUUGUACUCACUGUGGAUGGGCAACAUCCGGCCCUGCACAACCUGUGCCAGCUGACACUGCCCGACAUUAGUCAUCCGGAUUUCACGGGCUAUUUUAUCCCCCCAACGACCGGUAUGUAUAGCUUUGUCACAACCCAGGCAGGUUCUACCCAGACUUUGUCCGUCGACGGCGUCCGGGUGGCCUUUGAGCGGGAUCCCAAGGACGACACCCGGUACAUAACGCCGCCACGACGACUACUCAACGGCCAGGUAUAUGCCUUUGCAUGGAGCGGGACCCUUGCGACCGACCUCCAGUGGAUAACAGCGCUGGAGAAGGCAGCAGCCUUCACCCCGAACCUAGUGAUUAACCUGGCUGCCGUCAAGACGGCCAGCGUGAUCCUGGUGAGCCUCUCGCAGGUGGCGCUCCUCGUGCACAGCUACCGACUGGACGUUGAAGAGGUCCAUUAUCUGCACUCGGACAGGAUCAACUUUGUCUUCCAGCCGCCGAGCGUGGCCGAGCUUGAGGAACUGCAGGUGUACACCAACCUGCGCGACUCCCUGCCCGCGUCCAAGGACCGCCCUUCAACUUCGGCACUCCUGGACUUUCGCAAAUGGCUGGCGAGCCCAGAUGAUGUAAAGACACUUGUUCCUCGGCUGGCUCGACUGGGUCGCUGGGAUGAGGCCCUGGUCCAAGCGGUCCGCGAUGCUCACUACAAGGGGCUUGAUGAUGCCGCUGUGGUCCAGCGCAUGGUGCAGGACGACCUUCAUGCUCUUGAGCGCAUCCGGGGAGCCAUAACUGCAGCCUCACCGCUCCUGACAAUCCCGGCCGUCUCGGCGGAGCUCCUGUACAGUCUCGCAGCUCCUGCCUCAAAGCCAAACGAGAUCCCCACAGGGGACUUCUCCAACGCAGAGCAGCUCCGGCUGGCAAUCUACGCCCGGCGGACAAACUCUCUGCAGGCAGCGAACGACCAGCUGCGCGAGAACCAGCGGGCGGCGCUGGUGGAGUACCUGCUACAGCAGGAGCCCAUCCGCGCACGUGGGCUCACGGACGCCGAUGCGCUGUACGAACACUUCCUGAUCGAUGUGCAGAUGGGUUCGGGUAUGAAGACAUCGCGGUUGAAGCAGGCCAUCUCAACCGUGCAGCUGUACGUGCAGCGGUGCAUGCUGGGCCUCGAGCGCGACUACGGGGUGGCCAGCACCUCGGUCAACCGCGACGACUGGGAUUACAUGCUGCGCUAUCAGCUGUGGGAGGCUAAUCGAAAGGCGUUUCUCUACCCAGAGAACUGGAUCGAUCCAACGCUGCGGGAUGACAAGAGUGAGCAGUUCCGGGCAUUUGAGUCGACGGUGCUCCGCACGAAGCUGACACCCGACUCGAUCGAGAACGCACUCAAGACGUACAUCUACGCCGUGGAUGAGGUCGCAAACCUGGAGCCGCUGACGUACCUGUGGGAGCGCAAGCCGAUAAAGGAGGGAGUCAGCUCCGAGGAUGCUGACCUGGGCGGCGUGCAUCUCUUCGCCCGCACGCGCGCAACACCCUACCGCUACUUCUACCGGUGGCUGGCCUUCCGUGGACCCUACACUGAUUACUUCACUUUCUGGAAGCCAUGGACCAAGCUGGAUGUUGGCAUCAUCCCUCAGGAUGUUGAUAUCAACGGCCGCAAGCUGGCGCGCCCAGGAACCUACCUGAUCCCCACGGUCUUCCGCGGUCGUCUGUAUCUCUUUCUGCCACAUCUGAUACUCAAGACAGUACAGAGCGAUGCUGACAGCCAAGACGACUUCCAGAGCAUGGGUAACAAGAAACCCAGUGACGUGAAGUCAAGCAGCUACUGGGAGCUCUCGAUGGGCUGGACCGAGCUACGCAAUGGCAAAUGGGCACCCAAACAGGUCUCUCAGCAGGUGCUCGAGAUCACUGAUGCUGUCUUGCCUCACGUUGGCUGCUUUCGAUUCUGGACCGACAAGCGCACCGUGCAGUCGGUCUUCGACAACGAGACUUUUGACCUCCUCACCAUUGAGGUCGAGCGAUUCGACCAAGAUUCGAAAUCCUCCGGUCUCGAUGGCUGUACAGCGCUUCCACUGGGCCAGUGGGAGUUGCGUGGACAUACCCUCAUCCUGAAUGAUAAGAACAAAGACUCCUCAGGCAAAAAGACCCUGCCAACAGACUUUAUGCGCCUUUCCUGGCAUGUUGAAGAUGACAGCGACCAGACGGUCCCGCCCAAGAAGUACACCAUUGACCACCACGGCAAGAGCGACACUCGCGUGUAUCUCACUUGCACGGACCCCCCCAACGAAUCCGCCGAGUACAGCUGGACUCUGUCCCUUGACGAGCUUAACUGGGACCGGCCCACGGGCCUGCUGCUGACUGUCUCGAGUGGGGGCGACUCCCAGAGCCGGUUUGGCUAUCCGCAGUACACUGAUGGCCCGGUCAAGUAUGAGGACGAGAUCGACACGGCGCUCAUGUCAAGCGUAGUUUCACCCGUGCUCAUGGAGAAGGCCACUCUAGGCUCAGGUUUCCGAGACAUCUUCCAGACGCUCUCUGAUCUGAAUGACAGUUACUAUGAGUUUGGAUUUGGCCUCUCGGGCAACGUCUACCAUGAGCUUGCCACUCCCGCUGCGCUGUACUCAUGGGAGACCGGCGUGCAUGCUGUGAGUCUGCUGAUGGAGCGUCUGCAGUCAACGGGCCAAUAUGAGCUAGCUCUGACCAUCGCCCGGUGUGCCUUUGACCCCACAAUUGAGGGUACAGACCUUACUCGCUGCUGGCUCUUCCCACCUUUCCGCGAUGAGAACACAACGCAGCUGCCCUCGGAAAAUCUAGGGUCGACGCAGCAGGACCACCUGACGCUCGCUGAGUGGAGUGCAGACCGCGCCAGUGUGCAUGCGGCCGCCCGGGGCCACCCAAUUGCGUACAUGAAGCGGCUGGCCAUGAAGUACAUUGAGAUCCUGCUGGAUGCCGGCGACGCGUGGUUCCGUCAGAACACGCUUGAGGUCUUGCCUCUGGCCAUGCAACGGUACAUUGAGGCCUCGCAUGUCUUUGGUGCGGCACCUGUGCCCGUGCCUUCCCUGGGCAAGCGCAAGACAACCACCUACAAUGACCUGGCCAAAACGGACCUUGAGACAACCCCGAACCCGGAUGUCAAACUUGAGCUGGAUUUCCCCUUCCAGUCUGACCCGGGCGAUCGGGGCCAGCCGCUCGCGCGGCUCGACCAGAAUUCCAUGCCCUACAUUGAGACCGGGUACUUUUGUGUGCCUGCCAACUCGGAAUUCCUUGCUCUGCGACAGCGCAUCGACGACCGGUUGUUCAAGAUCCGGAACAACAUGGACCUCUACGGGAAUGUGCAGGAUCGCGCCCUCUUUGAGCCCCCACUGGACCCUGGCCAGUUGAUGCGGGCCCUGGCAUCGGGGAUCAGCCCAUCGGGCUUUGCGGCUGAUCUGGCUAGUCCUAUGCCUAAGUACCGGUUCCGGGCCCUACUAGAGCAGGCGCGUCGACUGGCGGAUGAGCUGAGGGCGAUGGAGGCCCUGAUUAUUGGAAUCCGCGAGAAGAAGGACGCUGAAGCCCUGUUUGCGCUCACGACCAGCCAGCGCCAGGCCGUGCAGCGCCUCGUCCUGGAAACAAAACAGCUGGAGAAGGACGAGGCAAACAAGGCAAUCAAGGCCCUGCAGGAGACCCGUCUCAUGCACGAAACCCGGCUGCGGUUCUACCUCGCGCUGACAGGCGACAGCAAGAGCCACCAAAUCCCCAAUGAAAACACUGGGUGGGAGGAUAUACCCCAGAUGAUCGACGCGCCCUCUACCGACGACCUCCGCCUGAACCCUAAUGAGCGGCUGGAGAUUGAGGACGCCCAUACGGCCAUGGCCCUGGGCCAGGGCGCGGCGUCGCUCGACACAGUGGCAGCGGGCCUCCUGGUCGUCCCGCAGCUCCAGAUCAACGCCCAGCCGCUGGGCGUUGGCAUGUCUACAGAGAUUGGCACGGGCAUCGUCGCUCGGGCCCUGCAGGCGACCGCGAGCGGGAUCCGCCAGUGGAGUGACAUCAAGCGCGAAGAGGGCAUUGUGGCCGGGCGAACAGGGCAGCUGAUCCGCCAGCUGCAGGAGCGCCGCCAGAUGGCCAACCAGGCGGGGCGCGAGAUCAAGAUCGUCGACCGGCAGAUUGACGUACAGAAGGCGAUUAGCAAGCGGGUCGACAGCGAGAUCAAGGCCCUGCAGCAGAGGAUUGAUGACACCAGCGAGGUUCAGCAAUGGCUGCAGUCUAAGUACACCAACGAAGAGCUGUACGGCUGGCUUGACAACCAGUACAGCAGCCUCUAUCAGGACACCUACCGUCUCGCGGCCGACAUGGCGCAGCGGGUGCAAAAGGCCUACAGCUUCGAGAACCCGAUGGACGGCGCCUCCUACCUGCGGCAGACCGGGGCUGGAUACUGGGAUAGCAGUCGAGAUGGUCUGUUGGCCGGAGCCACGCUGGGCCUUGAUCUUGACCGCAUUGAAACCGCGUAUAUGAACUGUCAGCCCUUUGACAUGGAGAUGGAGAAGAAGAUUUCCCUCCGACAGCUGGAUCCUACUGCUCUGCUAGUCCUUCGAGAUAAGGCGUGUGUCAAGUUCACCCUUCCAGAGCUCCUAUUUGACGUCGACUUCCCCGGCCAUUUCUGCCGCCGGAUUGUCUCUGUCGGGGUACAGAUCUCCUGCAUCGCCGGCCCCUUUGAGAACCUCAACUGUACACUGACCCUGAUCUCGCACUCCUACCGCGUCAAGGACGACGCCACCACUGUGAAGGAGUACACCAACGGGGAGGGCUUCCGCCAGGACACGGUCCCUAUCGGUGCCAUUGCGGUGACAGCCGGUCAGUCCGACAGCCGCCAGUUUAACCCUGCCUUCCAGGGGGAGAGGUACCUGCCCUUCGAAGGCGCCGGUGCUCUCUCGAACUGGCAGCUGGAUCUCCCUAAUCCCAUCCGCCAGUUCGAUUACCAGACCAUUGGCGACGUCAUCCUCCAGCUCCGCUACACGUCCCUCCGCAGCACCAAGCCCAAGUUCAAGAGCGCCGCCAGUGAUGCCACGAUCCAGCAGCUGAAAUCUGCGACCACUAGUCCCUUGCCCUGCACCCUCAUCGACCUCACCACCGACUACGCCAGUGGCUGGAUCCGAUUCCGGGACCAGCUGGGCACUGGCACGGGCGCAUCUGUCGGCAUGACUCUGGCCGGCAUAGGGCGUCUGCUGCCCUUCUGGACCCGAGCGACACCCAAUUCGACCAUCAUCGUGCAGAAAAUCUCGCUGUACAUGAGCCCGUCUGAGGGGCUGGGUCAACUAGCGAAUAUCCUCAGUAUCAAGGAAUUCGGCUCACUGAAGUGGAGCAGCGACCAGGGGUCCUUCACAGGCUGUCUAGUGCUGACAGCGGACAAGAUCAGCAAGCCCUUGCCACAGACAUGGACUGUACAGGUCAACAAUGACCAGGCCAAGUAUCAGAUCGGAAGGAUGUGGCUGACAGUUGGGUACACUGUGGACUACAAAUAG